CCGACAACCUCCACCGUUACCGUUCACCCUCCCUUCAGGUUCCCCCUUCGACCGCCCAUUAUGCCGGCCUCCGCGAUUGCCCCGCACCGACCCGUGUCUGCGCCUGCGCAUCUCGCUUCGCACCAAUCGUCCCCCCGGACCGCCGGCCGCCCAAGCCUCCGCGUUGCAGGUGCUUUCGCGCUUCGUUCCGCACGUCUAUCCGCCUGCCCGCUGUCAAGCGCCCUUCCCGAGAAUGCCCUCCUCAGGCUGCGCGAUGCGGGCGCCGGCCUGAUCGGCGUGGCAUUCCCCGCGGAGAGCCCCGCGCGGAGCCAUCUGAGGCGGGAGAAGAGGGAAUGGCGGAAAGUUCGCGCUCAAGCCGACGAUUCCGCCGGAAGGGCGCCGCCAGAUGAGCGAGCUUCGGAACAGCCGUCCGUGGGAGCGGAAAGGGCGGAGGCGACAGCGCAUCUGGCGGAGGCGCAGCCCGCGGACGAGCCCGCGGAAGCGAACCGCGCGGUGUCGACCCUCGUGACGCUCUUCCCCCUGUGGGUCGCCCUCGCCUGCGCUGCCGCCCUCCGAUGGCCAGCACAGUUCGUCGUUUUUCAGGACGGGCGGUUCGUAGUGGGCGGGCUUGCGCUGACAAUGCUGGGCAUGGGGCUGACGAUCAGUGUGGAUGACUUCACGCGCGCUGUGCUCAUGCCACGGCAGCUGCUGGCGGGGGUGCUGCUGCAGUACACGGUGAUGCCGUGUCUGGGGGCGCUCAUCUCGCGCUGUCUGCCCGCGCACCUCUCUGCCUUCGCCACGGGCCUUGUGCUCGUCGCCUGCUGUCCCGGCGGCACUGCCAGCAACAUUGUCACCUUCCUUGCCCGUGGCAACGUGGCACUGUCUGUGCUGAUGACAACAGCCAGCACCCUCCUCGCUGUGGUCAUGACGCCUCUGCUCACCUCCCUGCUGGCUGGGCGCUUUGUGCCCGUCAAUGGCGCCGCACUCUUCAUGUCAACUCUGCAGGUGGUGAUGUUGCCUGUGUUCACGGGCACGCUGCUCGCGCGUGUCUUCCCCUCGUUGGCCCACCGCCUGGCCCUGUUCUCGCCGGUGCUGGCGGUGCUGACGGUGGCGCUCAUCGUGGCGGGCGCCAUCUCCGCCUCCGCCGCCACCAUCUGCGCGGCGGCGCUUCCGCUGCUGCUCUCAGUGCUGGCGCUGCACGGGCUGGGCUUCGCCGUGGGCUACCUGCUGCCGCGCGCCGCCCUGGGGCUGGAUGAGUCGGCCAGCCGCACCAUUGCCAUUGAAGUGGGCAUGCAGAACUCGGUGCUGGGCGUGGUGCUGGCCAUGCAGCACUUCCCCGAUCCGCGUGUGGCAGCGCCGUGCGCCGUCUCCUCCGUCGUGCACUCCCUCCUCGGCAGCCUCCUCGCCGCCGCCUGGCGCGCCACACCCGUGCCACCGCAUGCACAUGCCGGCAGGGAAGCACAAGCCGUGUCCACUUGAUGGGACUGGGGGACGAGGUGUGAAAAGCUCAGAAACACGUGCAAUCAAACCUGGCUAAGGACUCCUAACUUAAAACCACAGGCUAGAAUAGCAAAAGGGGGGCACACUUGAAAAUUGAGUAUUUUGGGGGUCAGAGAAAUGAACCCGAUUUGCAAUGGUACACCUACCUUGACGCGAAAAAACAAAUGCUGCGAUUUUGCAGCGCGCAAACCAUCGAAAACACUGUAUUGUGCAGUAGCGAUGGCAGGAAGCGGUGGAAAGGAUGCAAGCAAGCUCAGCGUAGAUAAUCGUCCGCCGCAGCUUGGCGAAAAACAUUGGGCGGUGUGCCACGGGUGUUUGCGAGACGGUCAGCUACUUGUCGGCGAGAUCGCG